GAUGAGGUAAUCGGGGUAAACAGAUAAGAUGGCGACUUGUGUCGCCGGGGAGCGGCUGCCGAGCCCGACCGGGACGAAGGCCAGGAGCGGCAGUGAAGCCGGGCACGUAAAUCGAGACCGCCGCGGCGAGAAGUUGACUGAUUUGCCCACUGAGUUAUUGGAACACAUUUUGUGUUUGCCCGUGCUCGACCACGUCGACAUUUGUAAUGUGUCCUGCUGCUGCCUCCGCCUGCGCGACGUUUGCCACGGCCGAGGAAAGGUGUGGGGGCACCAGUAUAAACUCAGAUGGCCGCGGUUGCAGAGGUUUUAUCCGCAGAACGAGAGCUGCGACUGGCUGCUCGAGUACAAAUCGCGCCAUCGGGUGGGCAUCCAAAUCCGGAGGACGGUGGAGUCCAUCUCCCAGCGCUUCUUCAUGGAAGUGCCAUGCAUCGGCCAGGUGCUGGGCGACACUUUUGCGGAGAUUGAAUCGCUGGGGUUGCCUGAACAUUUCUGCGAGGAUGAGCUGCUCUUUAUCCUCGAGGCUGAUAAGAGGAAAAGCCUGACGCUGAAGUACUACGCAAAGAAGAUCCUUUACUUCCUGAGACAACAGAACAUUCUGCACGCUCUCAAGAGCUUCCUGGAGCAGCCGCCCGAGCAGCAGUCGGCGCUCGCAGGUGCCGUCCUGGUGGACCAAUACUGUAACCCGCUGGCCGAUGUCACGUCGGACGGGAUCUCGGCGCAGCUGGACGACAUCGCCGAGAAGGUCAAGAAGACGCUGCGGGUGAAGAAUCCAUCCCACCCUAGCCUUUGCGUGGCUCCAGGGGGCAAGCGUCUUCCGCUGCAGGACUUUGAGCUCCAGCGGCAGGUCCUCUGCGCCCUCAAUGACGUCUUGUACGACCAGCUGCAGUUCAAGGGCGACCAAGUGGACUACUACAACCCGCUCAACUCUUACAUCCACCAGGUGCUGCUCCGCCGCAAGGGCAUCCCCAUAAGCCUCUCGGUGCUCUACAUGACGCUGGCCCAGAGGUUGGGCGUCAAGCUGGAGCCCGUCAACUUCCCCAGCCACUUCCUGCUGCGCUGGUGCCAAAGCGGCGAACAAAGGAGCGACGACAUCUACGACUACGUGUACGUCGACGCUUUCGGCAAGGGCAAGCAGAUGACGGCCAAAGAGUGCGAGUACCUCAUCGGGCACCAGGCCAGCGCCAACUACUACACCGGCAUCGGUACCGUCGACGUGCUGCUCAGGAUGGUGGGAAACCUGCUCAACAUCGGGAAAAGAGGGGAAAUCAACGAGAAGUCUUACCAGCUCCUGAGGGACACCCUGGACCUUUUCCUCACCAUCAACCCCGACAACGUUCCCUACCUUCUGCUCCAGGCCAGGCUUUAUUUCCACCUCGGCAUCUGGCCCGAAAAGGUUCUAGACAUCCUACAGCACAUCCAGGCGCUGGACCCGUCCCAGCAUGGCGCAGUGGGCUACCUGGUGCAGCACACGCUGGAACACAUCCAGCACAUGAAGCACCCCCCCGCCCCCGAAGUGAAGCAGCGCGGAGCGGCCGACCAUCGGGAGGUCCGCUACUCCGUGGGCCUGGUCAUGAAACACAAGAGGUCGGGUUACAACUGCGUCAUCUACGGCUGGGAUCCCAAGUGCACCAUGAGCCAGGAGUGGAUCACCACCAUGAGGGUCCACCAGCUGCCUGAUGGCGCAGAGCAGCCUUUCUUCAACGUCCUGGUGCAGGACGGCACCUGCCGAUACGCCGCGCAAGAGAACCUGGAGCUCCAUCCAGCCCCCCUGGAGAUCGGGCACCCUGAGGUGGGUCGCUACUUUUGCGAGUUUGCCCACACGCACUACGUUGCCAACGAUGAGCUGCGGACGCGCUACCCCGAUGACCCGGACCACACAGAGGAGACAACGCGCCACUUCUACCCGCACGUGCGCCCGCCCACACCCUUGUAGCCACAACAUUAGCCGUUCGCUCACGUCCAGCAGGGAGAUUUAAAAGAAAAAAAAAAGUCACCGGCCACUUUAUUAGGUACACCCACAAUGGCUCAUGCAAAGUUUUUUUUUGUUUGAUUGUUUUAAAGGAUUGGGUUUUGACCCUCUUGUGUAGAGAACCAAGGCAGCCAAAUUAUUAGAAACAUCAACCAACUAGCAGUAAUCAUUCAUAUUUAACAUUUGUGUCGUGUGUGCAUGUGCCAGUUUUGCAUUCAUUCUGGUGUACUGCGUUAUGACGUAGGACACUCGGAAUGAAAUUUUUUAAAAAAGAAAUCUAACCAUAUUUUCAAAUGUACUCUACUAAAGCAAAUACAAAAAAAGAUUCAUGAGAAAAAUACAAAAAUCCAGUCAUUGUCUUGUCAUCCUGAAGGGUAAAUUCUAAUUAUUGUGUAAUUAAUUCUCUAACUUAAAAGGAGAGACAAAGUUAACUUUUGAAGCCAAGAAGAUUAACAGUAAAUUUAGGAUGGUAACGACCCGUCAAAAAGAACUAAACUAUUCAAAUGAUUUAAACCACUAAGUGGGGUUACAUAAUAUGAGCGCUCUAAUCGAGAAGGGGGAUUGGAAUGAGACUGAGGAAAUAUUGUUCUUACCUGAAGGUUAUUUAUUACUAAGUGUCUGUUAUUUGUUCCUCAAGUAAAUUAUUUUUAUAUAAAAACCUACCUGUACUCUG